CGCUAGCCCCGCCCACUCGUCUUGUGACCACGCCCCGUGACCUCUGGCCCCGCCCUCGGCCCAGGGAGACGUGGCACUCGCUUCUGCUGGGCGACGAGGCUGCAUAGGCUCGGCACGGGCGUGCAGGCAUAGUUCCUUCAGGUGUGGACGUCUUCUGGGGAUGUGCAAGUGCUGAGCCAUGAAUCAGCAAGGACACGCGUCUGCCCCAGCGUAUGGGCCUCCCCAGUCGGGCUACGGGCAGUAUCAUGCUCCCUACGGUCCCCAAUACCAGCAGGCCCCAGCCCCCCCACAGAACAUCCACAAUGGGCCGCCCCAGCAAGGCUAUGGGGGUCCACCGCCUGUGUCGGCAUCUGGAGCCAUGAAGCCUGGCAUGGGCCCUCCACUGCCCAUGGACCCAUCCGCACCCCCACCAGGACCCCAGGCUGGAUAUAACCAGUUCUCACAAGGGGACGUUCAGAACGGGCCCUCCGGGCAAAGACCUCCCAUAUCGCAGGGGUUCAUCCCUCCUGGGGGAGCAUCGCCCCCACCCAUGCAACCCUACCAGCAGCCGGCAUAUCAGAAUGCAGGACCACCCCUAAGUAACCAGCAACCAGCCUAUCAGAACGCGGGGCCACCCAUGACACAUCAGCAACAGCCGGCCUAUCAAAACGCAGGGCCUCCUCCAACUGCCCAUCAGCCAGCCUAUCAAAACGCAGGCCCCCCUCCAAAUGCCCAUCAGCCGGCCUAUCAGAAUGCAGGACCCCCACUCUCGACCCAUCAGCAACAGCAACCCUAUCAGAAUGCGGGUCCUCCGACAGGACCUCAGCAGCUGACCAAUCAGAUGGGGGCAAUGACACUGGGUGGAGGAGCAACCCAGUUCCAAGGGCCCCCUGGCUCAACUCCAUAUGGAGCUCAGCCACCCCCCACCUCACUUGGAGGACAGCAGCAAUAUGGGGGCCCUCCUAUGCCCAUGGCUGGUGCCCAUGGCAUGCCUCCCAUGCCCCCCACUGGGCCCACAGGAGCCAUCCCUGGAAUGCAGCCCCAGGGUGGGCCUGGACAAGGCCAGCACGGAUACCCACCCCAGCAGAAUGGUGCAUAUGGCGGGCAGCCUCGGGCUCCUCAGCCUGGCUAUCAUGGCAGCUACCCCGCUCAGCAGCCAAACUUCGGUCCAGCGCCACAAGGAUCGGGCCCCCAGCAGGCACCAGGACCACGCCGUCUUGACCCUGACUCCAUCCCAAGCCCGCGACUUGCUGAACCGUUGGCCCAACAGAAAACGCGGCAUAGGAUAGACCCAGAUGCUAUCCCCAGUCCAAUCCAGGUGAUCGAAGACGAUCGGAUGCAGCGCUCGAAUGACCCCUACAUCACGUCCGUGCGUGGUCAGGUGCCUCCACUCGUCACCACCGACUUCCUCGUCAAGGAUCAGGGUAAUGCGAGCCCACGGUUUAUCCGCUGCACAUCGUACAAUCUGCCGUGCACCUCUGAGAUGGCCAAGCAGUCCCAAGUACCCCUCGCCGCCAUCAUUAAGCCGCUCGCCACACUUCCGGUUGAAGAGACCCCGCCAUACAUCGUGGACCACGGGGAGACGGGGCCUGUGCGCUGUAACCGCUGCAAAGCCUACAUAUGUCCCAACAUGCAGUUCAUUGAGGGUGGCCGCCGCUUCCAGUGCGGAUUCUGCAACUGUGUCACCGAGGUCCCCCAACACUACUUCCAGCAUCUGGACCACACGGGACGACGCGUCGAUCACUGGGACCGACCAGAGCUCUCUCUCGGCUCCUACGAGUUCAUCGCCACGGUCGACUAUUGCAAGGAAAACAAACCACCCAACCCUCCGGCAUUCAUCUUCAUGAUCGAUGUUUCAUACAACGCCAUCAAGAGCGGCCUGGUGAACCUGGUGUGUGAGGAGCUCAAGACUCUGGUCAACCACCUGCCGCGGGAGGGCCAGAUGGAGCAGUCGGCACUGCGCGUGGGGUUUGUCACCUACAACAAGACGCUGCACUUCUACAACCUGAAAGCGUCGCUCGCCCAGCCGCAGAUGAUGGUGGUGUCCGAUGUGGCUGACGUGUUCGUUCCGCUGCUUGACGGCUUCCUUGUCAACGCCGUCGAGUCGCGGCCUGUCAUCGAGAGCCUCCUGGAGCAGAUUCCAGAGAUGUUUGCCGAUACGCGGGAGACAGAGACGGUGUUUGUGCCCGUCAUCCAGGCUGGCAUGGAGUCGCUCAAGGCAGCAGAGUGCGCGGGAAAGCUGUUUGUUUUCCACACUUCACUGCCAAUUGCCGAGGCGCCCGGCAAACUCAAGAAUCGUGAUGACCGCAAGCUCGUGAACACCGACAAAGAGAAGACGCUGUUCCAGGCGCAGAGCAACGUCUACCACUCGCUGGCCAAGGACUGCGUGGCAGCUGGAUGCUGUGUUGACCUCUUCCUCUUCCCCAACCAGUUUGUGGAUGUGGCCACACUGGGGCUGGUUACACUGCAGACUGGGGGCUCCAUUUAUAAGUACAACUACUUCCAGUCGAAUUCGGACGGUGAACGUUUCCUCAACGACCUGCGCAGGGACGUGCAGAAAACCAUCGGCUUCGAUGCAGUGAUGCGUGUCAGAACCAGCACAGGUGUGCGAGCAACGGAUUUCUUUGGAGCGAUCUACAUGAGCAACACGACGGACGUGGAACUCGCGGCUAUCGACUGCGACAAGGCGGUGACGGUGGAGAUCAAGCAUGACGAUAAGCUGAACGAGGAGACGGGUGCCUUCCUACAGUGCGCACUGCUCUAUACGAGUGUAAGUGGGCAGCGGCGCCUGCGCGUGCACAACCUCGCCCUCAACUGCUGCAACCAGAUGUCGGACAUGUACCGCAACUGUGAGACCGACUCCAUGAUCAACUACUUCGCCAAAGCCACAUUCCGUGCCGUGGCCCAUAACCCAACCAAGACGGUGCGUGAGAGCCUGGUGAACCAGUGCGCCCAGGUCCUGUCGUGCUACCGCAAGAACUGCGCCAGCCCCUCGUCCGCUGGCCAGCUGAUUCUCCCCGAGUGCAUGAAGCUGCUGCCCGUGUACCUGAACUGCGUCCUCAAGUGUGAGGUGCUGCUGGGCGGCGCUGACAUCGCCACCGACGACCGCGCCUACCUGCAACAGCUGCUGCUGAGUGCUGACAACACCCAGUCAGCUGCUUUCUUCUACCCCCGGCUGUUGCCACUGCACAAGCUGGACGUGGCGAGCGAGGAGCUGCCCGUGAGCGUGCGCUGCUCGGAGGAGCGCCUACAGGACGGCGGCCUCUAUAUUCUGGAGAAUGGCCUCAGCCUCUUCCUGUGGGUGGGCAUCUCCGUGUCGCACGAUCUCCUGAAGGCUCUGUUCAACGUCGACACGUUUGGCCAAAUCGACGGCGAGAUGACCAUGUUGCCGGUACUGGAUAACCCAUUCAACAAGCGAGUUCGUGACAUGAUCGACUCCAUCAGAGCCGAGAGACCACGAUACAUGAAACUGAUGGUCGUGAAGCAGCGCGACAAGAUGGAGCUGCUCUUCAAGCACCUGCUGGUGGAAGACAAGUCCCUGAAUGGUGGCGCCACCUACGUCGACUUCCUGUGCCACAUGCACAAGGAGAUUCGCCAGCUGCUGAGUUAGACGGCGCCAACUCCUCAUGUGGCUGGAACUCCCAUCGCCCACCUGCCACCGGGAGGGGAAGAGAGGGGCGGAGGGAGGAGGUGAAGAUGGGGGAGGGCAGGGAAUGAGAGAGGAGAGAACCCCGUUGUUUUGACACUUUAAAAAAACGAAAACGCAAAAUGGCACACCUCGCCUGUUUUUUUGUCUCGUUCCAAUUCAAGCUUCUCGUUAGUGGCCGGUUUCAGUCUCAGAGCAACGCCCAUUGUUGUUUGUCUUUUGCGCAAUAAAUUGUCACUUUUCGUUUUCCUAGGACCUCGCGACAUUGCGCUUUUAAGAGUUCUCAAACUCUUAUACCAUAAUCGUAUAUUUCUGCGCGUACAUGCGUAUGCGCACACGUUUGAAAGAGCUCCUCUUGUGGAAGGUAGGCACAGGGACCCUACAGACUGCUUGGGAACUUGCUGCCUUAGUUGACAGACCACCUUGCCUUGUGGAAACGGCCACAAAUCCAAGUUGUUUAUUAUUAACAUUAUGAUUAGUAGCAAUAGUCACAGUACAUAAUCGUAGCUUAAUUUGCGACUUUUUUUCGUAGAAUCUGACCUGCAUUGGUUCUGGAUUCCAAGCUGUGCUACCGUUAUAAUUUACAUUUUGCCGUGUUAUAUUUUAUCAAUGUUAGCCUGGGUCUUAAUGUUAGGUCUGAGUGGAUAUUGCCUUGGCCCAGGUGCAAAGGCACACAAUGCCAUGUGUGUCCUUUGCCAUAGCCAAAGGAUUUCAAGUACAGCCUCCUUCACGAGUCAGAUUAAAUCAUGGGCCCAGUAUUCUCAACACAUCGAGGCACACGCCAUCUGUAUUUGCAGCUGGAUGCUUGUUUCCCUGCUGUGUGCUGUAGUUUUUUGGCUUCCAAGCCCCACACUACACCACAUUUUAGUCAUUAUUCAAGAGGCAAAGGCAAUUGCCUCUUGAUUGGUUGCUGAUAAUCUCGAACUAACAUGUAUCUGAUAAGAUUCCUCACAUUCCUGCAUAGACCACUUUUGCUACCAUAGUUUUGUGCAUUGGAUUUGAAUGGUUGCGUUUGCAGCCUCGAUCGAGUGUGGCCUGGCUUGGCUGCUGUGUGCUGCUACUGCACCUCAAUGCGUUAGCUCCGCUGCUGUGCAGUGAUGAAACACGCUUCCUACUGCAAAGUGCAGGUGGUGGGCAUCCCAGUGUUCGGAGGCCUACAGAAAACAAGUCCCCUCUAAAUGGGCUUUCUCAUGCACUACCAGCACAGUGCACUGAGAAAACCAGAACCUGUAACUCGAUGGUUGCAUCUGUGGCACUGAAAGCCACCCUGUCCAAGUUAAAAAUGUUUUUUAAAUGGCCUGGCUUUCAGAGUAAUGAUUGUUCUGAACACAGGUCAUCAUGGACAUUACAAUUUGUGGAAAUUUGUCAGCCUUGCUGGGGUUGGAAUUUAAUGGAAUUGUGUUGGGGAGUGAUCUAGAUAAAUAACUAAAACUUUGAGGUCUUUGUUCUUAAAUCUAUAACUGGUUUCUGUUCAAACCAACGGCAUAGAAUGUAUGUGAUGUAGUUUUGUACAGGAACAGAUUUGGAUGAGACUUAUUAUGAAGGGGAACAAAGUCACUUUCUGCAAAUUAUGCUCAAGAGAAUUUGAAUUUUGAUGUCAAGUAAAGCCAUGUUGCUUUAACGUGUCAGUAGAUUGAUUGAUUUGCAGUCGGUAUUGGGGUGUCUAUGAAUGCCUGUGUAGAAGCUUAAGUUUAGAAAGUGCUCAUUAUAAACUGAAAAACAAAAUAGAUGUUCCAAAUUAACUUUAAAAAACAACAUACCAGCAUUUUAAAAUUAAACAUCUUUGUGUGCUGUUUAAUUUGAACGCUAUAAGUAUCCAAAACGUACAUUUGAAUUUGGAUAAAUUAAGACUUGGUUGCUAUUUGCUGUGAAUACAGGUGUAGAUCAUUAAAACAAAUCUGGGAUAAGAUAGCAAAUCUACAGCUUCGUCGUACGAUUCACAAAUGCGUUUAAGCCGCAUUAUAUGUACUUACUUUUUUUUCUCUCCUUCCUGUGUGCGUUGUUUAUUUUUAACGGUAAAAGAAGUGACUGGAAGAGAAAGAUGUAUAAUACAGUAGUUGUACGAGCUCGAUCCAGCCGUUGCCGAAUCUGCUGUCCGAGACAGGGCACCAGAAAUACAUUUGUGCAACUUUCACCAUCGUCUAAAUCGCGCCGCCGGUAAAACGUCUAACAAGCCACAGCGCUGAAUUCUGCGUUGCACACCGUUCAGCUUCACCGGGGCUCACAACACUGCAACCAGUACCCCCCAACACAAGGACAACGACCCCACCAAGAAAAUGAACAAUCGGAGGAUGAAAUGUGUGUUUAAAUGAAUCUAAGCCUCGUGGAAAUCGGAUGCCGUGUCAACAUGAUUUGCUGUGUAGAGUCCAAAUUGAUUUAUUUGUUACAAUUGGUUAGUCCUCCCCCGCAACCUAAUGUGUAAGUGAUGGUGAAUGUUCUUAAGAGCCAGGAUCACACAGAUUCGCAUAACAGGAAUGUAUCAAUUUAAAUAGAUGUUUACACUUGAAACAUGCUUUGAGAAAAUCAUGUCUUAACCAGUUAUUUAAGAUUUAGAGUAUAUGCAUUUACUCCAUGUUAUGCUAAUAUACCUUUAGGCUAAUAAAAUGAAAGACGAGACAAAAAGGAAUUGCUGAAUGGACCCACAGAUCAUUGAUUCACUGGAUGGAGGGUGAAUUUCUAAACACAUUGUAACAAGUACCCCAAGUUUCUUACAUUGCCCAUACAGGAUAACAUUUAAAUGUCAAUGGAAAAUGCUGGUGCUCAAAUAACCAUUGGAGCAUUUUCACCAAGAACUGUACUGUAUAUGAAAUCAUUUUGAACGCACAUUAUCUCCAGCGAUGCAGGCUUGGCACGCUGGCAUCACCUACAUUAAUAUAUACUUCAUAUUUCGUACAUCUCAAAUAACAGUACUCAGCGAUAAAUGGAGCUGACGGUAAUAUUUCCACAAGUUAAACGAUUUAAAACUUUUAAAAUUUUUACCAGAUAAGGCCCACUGAUCAACCUGGCCAGAAAUGUAGAGCUCAACGAAGUGGCUGGUUGAAAUUGAUAGCUGCCACAUACGUGACUCAUGUUUCUAAAUGUGAAGGGAAACACGUGACCACGGGGAGAACAUGCAAACUCAAAAUAUACAGGCGUCAGGAUCGAACCCAUGACCUGUGUAUAGCAGGCGAGGUAGUUAACAUUUCACCACAAUGUUUUCCCCCACCCUCCCGACUCAUUCUCUCACAAGCUCCGUUUAUUUUGCCUCUGCUUCGUGGUGUCAACUGUGUGUCGACUCAUGAGGGAGAGUUCGGCUGGGAAUUUUGCAAUCAGUUUUGUCACGGGAUACAUUUACAAAACAAAGACUCGGCAUGCUUAUUUGUUAAUCCGUGCUUUUUAUCCAGUUUCAACACAACCAGGGUUUUUUUGCCCCCGUAAGUUCCUACAAUUUCCACUUUUAUGUUAAAUAUGCAAUCAUUUUUAUUAAACAGUUACUCGGAUUAAUUGCUAGAAUAUGAUACUCGCGUAUAAUUAUUUACUAGACGGUUUGCUUGGAGUUGUGGAUUUGAAGGGACCGGUCUGGAUGGAUGGGAGCAGCGUUCUCUGCUCCGCGUGCUGUACAAACAACGCAGCUGUAAAGUGAGUAUUGUAUUUUUAAUGAAAUAAAUUUGAUGCAGAAGUUC